AUGGAAGAUGACAUUCUGUUGAAGUUCCACCUACCUGCCAUCUCCUUAAAACCCCCCCAGAGAAGUCGAGUUGAGUUUGCUGAGAGAAUUCUGUCCGUGCGUGUGUGUGAGUGCCCUGAAAAAGCUGACAACCUCUGCUGUCCUAUUGGCGCAUGGAGUCACAAAGUCCCCACCCCUCCUCUCCACGAAAGAGCCAAGGAGAGACGGUCCGAGGUCGCGAGGAAGAAGACUAAAGUCAUCCCCAGAAUCCCGUGGCGACAAAGUCCCCACCUCUAUUCUCCCAACCCCCUUUCCAAUGAGCGGUGGCUGCGGAAACCAGAGCCCGCCCUGGGCGGACCCCGCGCGCCUCUAUGCUCCUCCCUCCCGUGCCAGCGCCGCACCGGGAGCCAGCACCGAGCUCGGGGUCCCCGCGAUGGGGUGCAGGACAUUGCUUCUCCUCGUUUCUCUGGUGUGGGUCGCUCUGGGCAGCACCAGGGGCUCUGUGGCGGUUCUGCAGCUGCUGGUUGGACGAGGCUGGACGAGGCCGAGCCUCCUAGAAAGACCUCCUUAGAUGAGUCCGGACAUGGGGUGGGGGAGCUCCCCAAAUCUGCGGACAAAGUGGAGUGUAACAGGACAAGACAGGCUCCCUGUGGAGAAAAAUGCAUUCCUGUGACCUGGCUCUGCAAUGGCCAGCAAGAGUGUCCCGACGGGAGCGAUGAGCAGUGUGAGGAGGCAUGUGGGGGACACGGCCAUGCCUGGCAGUGUGAUGAUGGCAAAUGCAUUUCCAUUGGAUGGCUUUGUGAUGGCACCAGAGACUGUUUGGAUGGUUCUGAUGAGGUCAAUUGUGAGCGAUCAACAGCAUGUCCAUACCCAAAAGUCCAGUGUCCAGGGACGCUUCAGUGUCUGGAUGCCUGGGAACUCUGUGAUGUCCACCAGGACUAUGCAGAUGAGUCUGACAAAGCACACUGUCCCCAGAGCCAUUGCCCACAUGGGCAGUGGCAGUGCCAGAAUAAGGUAUGUGUCAUGGACAACUGGAAAUGUGAUGGCACUGACCAGUGUGGUGACUCUUCAGAUGAGGAGGCCUGUGCUUCCUGUCCAGCCAACACAGUUAGGUGUGAUGAAAGCAAAUGCAUCCUAGAAUCUCUGAUGUGCAAUGGAGAAGCAGAUUGUGCAGAUGGUACUGAUGAACCCAUUUCAUGUGGUAGAAACUGCUCCCUAGUGAAUGGGGGCUGCAUGGGCCUGUGCAGCGACACUCCCUGGGGAGUCUGGUGUGCCUGUGCUUCAGGGUGGCAAUUACAAUCCGAUGGGCAGAGUUGUGGAGACGUAGAUGAGUGCUCUGUGGAAUACAGUCCCUGUGGCCAACUAUGUCAUAAUACACCAGGCUCUUACUCCUGUGACUGUAUUCAAGGUUACCAGCUUUAUAAUGGCACUGACUGUCGAGUUAUAGAUGAUGAUGUUAAAAUUCUUAUUGCAUCAGAGCAAGAGCUUGGUAUCCUGGACCGAAAGACGGGCAUCUAUGAGACUCUGAUACCUAUAAAAUCAAGGCCUCUUUAUGUUGCAUAUGACCUUGAAAGAAGCAUUUACUUCUGGGUGGAUGAAGUUUUAAAUGUGUUUUUCCUUGGGAAGCCAAACUCUGUUCCCCUCUACCCAGAACUUGCAUCAGUGAACAGUAUCUCUUUGGACUGGUUCACGGGACAGUUGUACUGGGCUAGUAGUUCUUCAAGAAGCAUCUAUGCUGGCUUAAGUGAUGGCCGAGGCUACGUCAAAGUCUUGGAAAAGGAUGUUGUGCCAGAACAGCUAGUUGUGUUUCCUGAAAAGAAGUACUUGUACUGGGUAAAUCAAGGUGAGAAAGGGGUGAGGACUAUUGAAGCUGCAGGAAUGGAUGGCUCCGACAGGAAGGUGCUGGCGGUUGUGACUGCAGAGGAACCUAUAGGACUAACACUUGACCACCUAAAUGGCAGACUCUACUGGAUCAGUGACUAUAAAAAGUCUAUAGAGACAGUCAAAGUGGACGGCCAUGGGAAGCACACCUUUCCUAAGAUCUUCUUGGAAUAUGAAGCCCCAAUAGGACUGGCCAUAUUUGAGAACUCUUUCUUCUGGGCAAAUAAAACACAGCUGUUUCACACCUCACCCCACAGUCCAAGGGAGAAAGAGGUGUUAUUGGAUGCCUCCGUGUCUGCUUUUUCAGUCCUUCACAAGUCCCAGCAGCCUAGGAGCAGAGACCCAGCAUGUGUUCCCGGUUCUUGCAGCCAUUUAUGCCUCCUAUCCCCGGUCCACCCCAAGGGCUAUAAGUGUGUUUGUCCAGAGGGACUGUUUCUUUUACCUUCUGGCACCUGCAGUGAGUUAAAACUUGUGUUUUCCUCGGGCAAACAUCUGUACUUGUUAAAAGUUGGCUCUAUGGGAUCUGCUAUAGAGAAAACUCUGAUUCAAGAGCAUCCUGAGAACAUCUAUUUAUUGGAUAUUGACUGGAAAAGGAACCUGAUUUAUUGGACAAAUGCCCAGGGACAUUUGGUCUACUCAACUGGGAAUUCAGGACCAAUGCAAGAGAUUUGGACAGAGCAUACAGUCUGUGCAGCAAAUGUGGACAUAUCAACCGGGAACCUGUUCUGGUUGCCCUGUGACCGAAGUACUAUCCAGAAAACCAGAAUUCCUGGUGUAGACACACACACCCUCUAUAGUGCCCACAGCAUUAUACUGCAGCUGCUGCUCGACUGGCCGAGGAGGGCACUGUACUGGGUGGAGAGUGGGAAGCCCUUACAAAGCAUGACCCUUGAUGGCAAAAACAGACAGGAAGUCCAGAGAGGCACCUGGAUGGCAGACACCCGGAUGGCCUUAGAUUUGGGCUCAGCUAGUAUCCUCUGGAUCACCAAAAAAUCGGGCUUGCAAAGCCUGAGUCUUCUGAAAAACAGAACAUACUCUUUGAACAAGUCCUGGAGCUGGAGUGAAGGGAUUAUAGUGGCCCACGAGCCCUACCUGGUAACUGUGGACAUGACAGAUCUUGUGCUAUGGAACAGGAAAACACUGGAGCCCUUCUCUGUACUAAAGGAGCCACAUAUAAGGAAAAUGAUCAUUUUGGCAGAGGACCAGGAAGGACAAGUCCCUGCGAUCCACCCUCCUCCUCCUCUCCCACCUCCACCCCCUGUGCUUUGCCUCCCAUCCUCGGUCCUCUGUCGAGAUGAGAAGGAAUGCAUUUCUCAGGAGUUCCUUUGUGAUGGUGAACGUGACUGUCAGGAUGGCUCCGACGAAGAACACUGUUCUCAAUUCUGUCACAGACCAGAUGUGUUCCAGUGUUUGGAUGGAAGCGGGUGUAUAGAGGAGAAAUUCCACUGUGACGGGGCUCAGCAUUGCUCAGAUGGGUCUGAUGAGCUGGGCUGCUGGAAGCCAAUUGAAGAUUGUUCUCUGCUUUGUGAUAACAACACCCGCUGUAUUCCCAAGAGUUGGCUAUGCGAUGGGAACCCAGACUGUUCUGACAAAAGAGAUGAACAAAGAUGCAUUCAUGAAAAAUGCAGCCCCUCUGAAUUUCAAUGUGAGAAUGGCCAGUGCAUAUCUUCCUCUCUGCACUGUGAUGGGAACCGAGAUUGCCUGGACCACUCGGAUGAAGAAGGCUGCUCUGUUGCCUGGCCUCUGAAGUGCCCAUCAUGGGAGGUGAAGUGCCCGAGGAGUGGAGAAUGCGUUUUGAUGGAAUGGAUAUGUGACCAUGAUCUAGACUGCAAAGAUGGAACUGAUGAGAAGGACUGUGACACUGAGAUGCUUCCAUGUGGCCCAAGGCAAUGGGCCUGUGCCAGUGGAGACCAGUGCAUACCGGACUUGUGGCACUGUGAUGGACAGAGCGACUGCAGGGAUGGCAGUGAUGAGACUGUGUGCCCCCCUCAGAAGUGCCAGGGUUCUGAGUUCCAGUGCGACGCCCAUGCCUGCUUCAGCCUCCGCGUGUUGUGUGAUGGGAAAGAAGACUGUGCCGAUGGAUCAGAUGAAGGUGGAAGGUGCUCGUUGACAGAAUGCAGACCAGGACUGUGUUCCCACACCUGCUACCAGUCCCCUGCUGGGCCCGUGUGUGCCUGUGAGCCAGGCUUUGAGCUGGACAGCAGUGGUCAAAUCUGUCAGGAUGUGGACGAGUGCAAGGAGUUGGGUAGUCCACCUUGCAGUCAGACCUGUAUCAACACCAAGGGCUCAUACCUCUGCACCUGUCACCCUGGUUACUCACUGGAGCCUGACAGCCACACUUGUAAAGCAACAGGUACUGAACCAAUCCUGCUUGUUGCAAUUCAGUUUAACCUAUUUCUGUAUGGAUUGAGAAGCUUGAAAGAAGAUAUUCUGGCAACUACUGACAAGAACCUGAUGAUUUUCUCUGUUGACUAUGACUUAGUGGAUCAGAAAGUUUUCUGGGCAGAUCUGAAUUCAGAAAGUAUAAGGUGGAUAAGUAUGGACACAAAGACGAAAGGGACUGUGGCAAAAGGGAUAAAAUCAGAUUGUAUCGCAGUUGACUGGAUUGGAAGGAAUCUUUACUGGACUGAUAGAAGAGCUGGUCAGAUUUUGGCCAUUCAGCUCUCUGCUGUUUGGAGUGGAAAAUCUGAGUACACAAUUGUUCUGGAAGACAAUUUGACUCAACCCCAGUCUUUGGCUUUGUAUCCCCUAAAUGGAUUGAUGUACUGGACCACAAUUGGAGACAAACCCCGAAUAGAGCAAGCUGGAAUGGAUGGUAGCAGCAGGAAAAUACUCAUUGAUCAAGGUCUUGGCCGGCCAACAAGCAUAGCUCUGGACCAGUUAAGCUGGAAGAUAUUCUGGUCUGACGACAAAUUUCACUGUAUUGGCUCUGUGAACCUAGAUGGGACUGGCGUUAGUAUGGUACAGCUGACACAGAUUAGGAGCCCGUUUGCAGUGGCUGUGUUUGAAGAUGAAGUCUUCUGGUCUGAGAUGAAGGCAGGAACAGUACAGCGCAUGGAGAAGAUGACAGGCAAGGGCAGGGAUGUCCUCAUCAAGCGUUCUGAACAGCCCUAUGGACUUAAGAUCAUGCAUGAUGUGCUUCAGCCCAGAUCUUCUAGCCCUUGUCUGGAUACUGGCUGUUCUCACUUGUGCCUUCUGAGCCCUCGAGCCAAAGGGAGUUGCCACUGCCCAGUUGGCCUCUUGCUUACAGAUGAUGGAGUCAACUGUGUUUCACCCCAGGACUCAGCAUUUGUAUUUCUGGCAUUGCCCACCAUUGUCAUGCAGAUUUAUCUGAAAAAUCUCAAAGCUUCAUCCCAACAAGCAAGUCUACCGCAGCACAGAACACUUCCCUUUACCAGUGUGAACCAGCUUGCAUCACUUGAGUAUCUGGUCCAGGAAAAGGCUCUCUAUCUGUCAGAGUUGAAUAAUGGUGACAUCAGGCUGUUGAGGCUUAAAGAAUCAGGGGCGCUUUCUUGGAGGAAAAUCCUGUCUUCGGAAGGGAUUGUGACUGAUCUAGCUGUGGACUGGCUGAGUGGAAACAUAUACUGGGUUGACAGUGAGAAUCCCCACAUCAAUGUGGCUUCCUCAAAAGGCCAGUAUCCCAUGGUGUUGCUGAGUGACAACCUUUACCACCCUACCUCUCUUGUGCUCCACCCACCUUCUGCAGUCAUGUGCUUUGUGGACUUGGGUUCCCAGGAGGAUGGGCGGCCUGGCUCCAGCAUUGAAUGCACUUCCAUGGAUGGCAGCAGAAGAAGAAUAAUAUGGCGGAAAUCCCAGGUGCCUGUAGGCCUGGCCUUUGUGGAUUCAGGAACCCGGCUAUACUGGGCUGAUACUGGGCAAGGAUUCAUAGAAAGCAUUCAACAAGAUGGCUCUGGACACAGAAUAGAACGCAGAGGAAUUCAAAGCCUCAGCCUCUUCACAUGUGGCCAAGGCAUGAUAUUCUGGACAACCAUCGAUGAUACCCAGAUCACUAAAGUUUGGUACAGCAAAGCAGAAGGGUUAGAAAACCGAUGGUUCCAAGUGGAACAGAAGAUUGUGGACUUAAAAGUUUAUAGCAAAUUUAGUCAAGAGGGUAACAACAGCUGCUCAAAAGACAAUGGAGGAUGUAGCCAUAUCUGUCUGCCAAAUCCUGAGGGACAGACUUGCAAGUGUCCUAAUGGGUACUACUUAGCUAAUGCAAACAAAUGUGCCGAAGCUGUCCAAUGCUCUGUACCAUCCCAGUCCUGUAAGGAUGGUCAGAAAUGCAUUUUCAUGGAGCAAGUUUGUGAUGGUCAUGCCGACUGUCUGGAUGGAUCUGAUGAAGUAAACUGUAAUAUACCUAUUGUAUAUUUAGGUACAACCUAUUCACCAUCAAUACCUAAAAGGCCAGAAGCCGGGAAAAAGUUGUCUCCAAAAGGUCUCCAACAGUUGCCUUAUACCAAAUUUACCACAUCUGAAUAUCCAGGCCAAGAAGAAAUGAGAUACCCUGUGAGGAAAACACUAACCACACUGAUGUCUGCUAGAGAGACAAAGAACCCAGAAAUGAAGGAAAAGGGGGAAGAUGCCCAUCCCAAGAACACACAGAGGGCAACGCACGUGCCCUGUAGCAGCAGCUUCUGUAAUGGAAGGGGAAUAUGCACAGUGGAAGGAAAGCUGAGAAGAUGUAGCUGUCCGGUGGAAUUUGGUGGACAAAUGUGUGAAGAGACAGCACAGGGACUCGUCUCUGGCUACACAGUUCUCACUGUAGCCGUUGCCAUACUGACUGUUCUAGUGGCCCUGGGAGCACUGGUGUACUGCAGAAGAAAACAUAAACUGAAAAGGACAUCAGCAAGAAAUUUGAACCGUGAUGAGGAAAAUAAGCAAGAAGAAGAAAAUUUAAUGAAUAGUGAGAUUUUCGUGAAUGAAGCCUAUGAUGAACAGCAAACCCUCAAAAACAUCUGGGUGACAGAGGGCGCAAAGGCAACAUUCACAGUCAUCACCAGAUGGGACUAUAAAUGCAUCAGAGCACACUUAAUGCUGGUCAACCUUAAAUGGGGUCCAUGA